AUGUUAAGCGCGGUCGUCCCCGUGCACUCAAAGCGGGUAGAUCCUUCAUCCGCCACAAUAGUUCCCCAUUACGAGCUGGCCAAUAAAACCCACGUUCAAAUCAAGUUCCGACUAAUAGCAGGAGGUAAAAAUCCCAAUCGCAUGGAUCUGCUAGAGUCGAAAGAUUCAGCUCCAACCGAGCCUUUGCCAUCUCAAUCGGAGCAGAAAACCCCACCCACCCACGCGACAGACGCUUCCGGUCAAAUCAUCACCGGAUCAGUAACCUGCAUCGGUUCCAUCGCCACCGAUGUCACCACCACCACCACCACUGCCACCACCGAAAUCAUCAUCAACAUUGUCUCGGUCGAAAACUAG